GCCUCCUUCAGUGCGGACCACGUCCACACGGUCUGCAGACAAUCUGAGGGAGGGAAGGGAAACAAAACUAUGAAGUUUUAGUUUAUCUAUUCGGUUUUGCUGGUUUUUAGCGCUGUUUUGCUCAUCAGUUCCGCUCUCUGACUGCGGCGGAGUCCUGCGGAGAAAACAACUUGAUUAUUUUGCUCAAAAAACUUUCCACGCAAGAACGAAAACCUUUUCUUACACGUUUAAAAGCCGCAUCAUACAAAUCUGCGUGCUUUAACUUUGAUAUUUUGCCUGUAAUCGCGGAUUUGGCGCACACAGACAUAGUUUUGUGAACAUUUUUGCGGAGGGGAACCAGAAUGCUGCCGCAGCUGCUCUCACUGACCUGCUGUCUAUUCUGCUCUGCUUUUACUUCUGUCACCGCUAAUGUACUACAAGCUGAGGCAUGGCUUCAGAAGUAUGGCUACCUGCCUCCAGGUGAUGUGCGAGCCCAGGCCCUUCGCUCACCCCAGUCCAUUGAAUCAGCGAUAUCGGCCAUGCAGAGGUUUUAUGGACUGACUGUCACCGGCUCCAUAGACACCAACACAUUAGAAGCAAUGACGCGACCGCGGUGUGGAGUCCCCGACAAGUUUGGUCCAGAGCUGAAAACCAACCUGAGGAGGAAGAGAUAUGCUAGGCAAGGUCUGAAGUGGGACAAGUCCGAGGUGACCUUCAGCAUAGAGAACUACACCCCCAAAGUGGGUGAGAGAGCAACGUUCGAAGCCAUCAGAAAGGCCUUCAGAGUGUGGGAAAGCGCUAUUCCGCUCACCUUCCGAGAAAUUCCCUUCAGUCAGAUCAAAGGCAAAGUUGACAAAUACGCAGACAUCAUGUUGUCCUUCUCAGAAGGCUUCCACGGUGACAGCACGCCAUUUGAUGGUGAAGGUGGCUUUCUGGCACAUGCAUACUUCCCUGGGAAUGGCAUUGGGGGAGACACACACUUUGACCUCGCAGAACCAUGGACUAGUGGAAAUGUGGAUCAAGGAGGAAAUGAUGUUUUCUUGGUGGCGGUUCAUGAACUGGGUCAUGCUCUGGGUCUGGAGCACUCCGAUGACCCUUCUGCCAUCAUGGCCCCUUUCUACCAGUGGUUUGAUACAGAAAACUUCCAGCUUCCAGAUGAUGAUCGUAGAGGCAUCCAGGCUAUUUAUGGCUCAAACUCUGGAGUUCCCCCUCCUCCUCCUCGUCCCACUAAGCCAUCCAAACCCGACCAGCCGGACAAUGGUCCCGACAUAUGUGAGGGACACUUUGACACCAUUGCCAUCCUCAGAGGAGAAAAGUUUGUAUUUAAGGACAAGUGGUUUUGGCGUAUACGUAACAACAAGGUGUUGCCGGGUUACCCCAGGCCUAUGGGUCAGUUCUGGAAAGGCCUUCCUUCAAAUAUCAAUGCAGCCUACGAGAGGGAUGAUGGGAAAUUUGUCUUCUUUAAGGGUGACAGAUACUGGGUUUUCAGUGAGUCCACCAUGGAGAAGGACUCACCUAACAGCCUGAAGAACCUGGGCACUGGUUUACCCAAAGACAAGAUCGACGCUGCUCUUUUAUACACGCCUACAGGACAGACAUACUUCUUCAGAGGAACUGAAUAUUUCCGCUUUAACGAGCAGACUCGCAGUGUGUACAGAGAUUAUCCGAAGUCCAUCAGCAAGUGGAGCGGAGCGCCAGACAACAUUAAAGCUGCCUUCAUGAGUGAAGAUGGAUCCUACACUUACUUCUACAAGGCCAACAAGUACUGGAAGUUCAACAACCAGCACAUGAAGGUGGAGUCCGGCUACCCCAAGUCUGUGCUCCGUGACUGGAUGGGCUGCGAGAGCGAAGAGCCCAAGAAGGGCCGGACGGUCAUCAUCAUUGAGGAAUCAGAGGGAGGCUCCUGGGUGGUGGGCGUGGUGAUCCCUAUCCUCCUCCUGGUGCUGGUCCUGGUCACUCUGGGAGCACUCUUGUUCUUCAGGAAGUACGGCACACCCCGACGCCUCCUCUACUGUCAGAGAUCACUGCUGGAUAAGGUGUAGACGGACCAACGGGUCGCUGACAGACUGCUGCAGACUGACUGAAAGAGAGGGUUUGAGGGCAUGAAAGGUGGAUGACAAAGAACAGAGUGAACAAGAACAAAUUGACUGUGAGGAAGAAACCAAUGAGCGGGUUUAAAGGGGGACAAUAUGUUUGGUGGUUUGUAAGUGCAACAAAAAAGGAAAAGGCCCGUAAAACUGAAAUCAGGAAAAAUUACAUUUGUACGUUAACUUUUUACAUGUGCUCUUUAUGAUCAGAAAUCAAGACCAUAUCUAUGACAGAAAAGGGAAACCAAAAGACUCAUCUUUCAUCGUGCCUAUUAUAAGUCAUCCCAUCCUUCUCUGACUGGACGACUCCAGCUGAACUGCUGUCUGAUUCACAUCUCAUUGCUCUGGAACACAGCCAUACAGUCUUGUUUUGUUUUUUUAACAGUUCCACUCUCUUUUGUUUUGAUUCUGCACUUUUCAAUUUGAAUUUAUUGCUUUAAAGGUGCAGUAUGUAAGAAUAUAGUGAGAAUGUUACAGUGGGGAAAUCCCAAAAGAGUAAUGUUUCAGUCAUUUUGGAAGGAAGGUUGUACUGAAACAUAUUUCAUAUCCAGCUGGCUGCGUGGAUUGUCAGUUUUUCUCUUUUCAAAACAAAGGAAGGAGGGACAUAACUACUUUUUACCAUCAGUGAGUGUGGAGUUGCCGCGUCCCCUACGAGCUAAUACUGCAGCGCCGACAAUUGUAAUUUGACCACAGCUGGCAAAAAGCUCCGGAGUUGUUAAAGUGCUUGCAUUUUUACUUCAUUUCUACAUAAUGCACCUUUAAUUUUUUUUUAAAGCCACAGCACUCUGAUAUAUAAAACCCAUAAAAACUGCACAGAAACGGCAAUUUUGGUCCUAAAUUGUUGUCAUAUAAGCAGUUUGGGGUUUCAAACGUAGCAUACGGUCUCUGAGCUGAUUUCCUACAAAUUAGUAAUAUCGCAAUGGCCACAAAGAAACGGUUUCUUCUGAGGGAAGGUUGUAUAACUAGUCAUAGGCAUAGACACCCACUCUCAAAUUAGCAUGUCCCAACUCACUUCAAUGUCAGGAAUGUAUAAACAUUGGUCGUGGUUAUGCUGACAGUAGAUCAAUGCUAGCCCUACUGCCAAUGCUGGCCCGAGCUACUGCUAAUGUCCGUGAUGAAUGAGAAGAAAACAACAAAGAAGAAUGUCGGAGCUGACCUGUAACAUUCCUGGAUGAACCAGGAAAAUUUGGAAUUUAAAUUAAUGCCAGAUAAAUGCACAACUUGCGUUUUUUGUCCUUUUCGUCAUUUGUCCACAACCCCAUAUUUCUCAUUUUCAUGUAUUGGCUGUGUGGGCGGGGAUACUGGGCCUUUCAUUGCUUUACUAUGGGGUUGCAUUUGGCCAUUUAUCACACAAGUUCACAGUGGCCUGGGGCUCCUGGGCCAUUGUGAGCCCCAACAAAGUUUAAUGAGGAUCAGUUUCCAGUUAAAAAAAACUUAUUCUAGGACUUCCUUAGGUUUGUUUCUGUGGAAGGUUUAUGAAAAUUUGAUAUCUUAAAAUGUUCUUGGUAACUCCUUUAUGUCAGCUUGGAGAAACAUCUUAGUUCAGACAGAAUUGGUGUAAUCUAAGUGGAUUGACUCCAGUGUAAAAUUCUUUACAGUAAUCCAUGCUAAUGCUAAUUUAUAAACUUUAAUAUCAUAAUCAAUUUCACAUUGAAUGGUUGUUUACAUUAAAUUCUGUGAUAAUUAGUGGCUUCAUCCAGCAGAAAUAUUUGACUCUUUCAGAUGUAAUAGCCACAUAAUGUGAAUACGACAGUGAUAUAAAUAUGUAAAAUAAAUAUGAUUUAUAUAAAAUUAUGGGGAAUUAAAGAAAUUAAAGCUGGAAAAUUUGUUAAUCGGUUUUGAACUGUUUCUCAAACUGAAGCUGUCUAUAACAGACGGUGUGAAUUGUUCACAAAACGCCUCCCAGCAACAAUUACCAAGCCACAUGUUUUUAUUUUUGAAAUUUCUUGAAAAAUCAAAAGAAAUCAAAAGAAUUUCUGACUUUUUCUAAUAAACUGUAAAUGUUUCAAUAGAUUUGAUGAAGUUGCAUUUAACACAUUAUGCAGUUUUAUUACACUUUGAUACAGACUUGAAUUUGUUAUGUUAGUCAAACCUUUGGAAGAUACUAGAGCCAGUUGUCUUUCCAAAUGAAGUUGAGAACUUCUAACACAUUUGUUCCUUCUGGUUCAGGAAUUCUUAUUGAUGUCAAACUUACCAAGACUGAUCAGUGCAAGCAGUCAGAUGGGAAAUAUAUUUUUUGACAAUGUUUUCAGCCUCCACUGCAUUAUUGUUUAAUAUGAGCAGAACUAAUUGCUUCAGUAUGAUUUUCAACAAUAUGGUGCAAUCUUAAAAAAUACCCUUCUAAAGGGAAAUUGUUAUUAUAAGUAUGAUUAUUGUUAUUAUUGUCUGAAAAAGUCACAUUUUUGGUUGUUUUUGUAUGUUGUCAUUAGGAGUCCUGCUGGACAGAGGCAAAACAUGACAAUAAUUAAAUCAUUCCCAUUUGCAUUUAUUUUGUUAGUCUGUUCAGAUUAUGUAAGUUCAGGGAGUUUCCUCAAACUGUGAAACACCCCAAAAUCAAAAUAACCAAUAUGAUAUUUAUUUGACACACAGUGGUGCUCUUUUUUUGUUUGUUUUGUUUUUUACAUCAGUUUGAACUGAAUAUUUCUUCAGUAACAAUGAUAAUAGUAAAAAUAUUUAUAGUAAUGAUCUUAUAAAUAAAAUGGAAUGAGAUUUUU